CCGUGGAGGCCCAUGCAGUUUCCCCCUCCCCCAAAUCAAGAUACGCUCUUCAAUGCACACUUGCUGUGAAACACAUCCAUCUCUGAACGCAAGAAUUCCGACGGCUCUAAAGUGCUUCACACCAGCCAGCAGAUGCACCACCGUAUAAUGCGAAUCUCAUUCCCAUGGACACAACCUCAAACGAGGCUUCCAUACGUCUAGAGCCCUUAGGUGGACAUGGCACCUUCACCAUCAAAACCACCAGCGCAGCCUUUCUCGCAAUUGCUCUAUACAACGCGAUUGAGCUUCUGAUCCUGAUUCUGGCCAACUUCCAUCAUCACCAUGGUAUCUACUUCUGGUCGAUGCUCCUCUCGACUGCCCUGGGCGUCAUCCCUUUCUCGAUAGGUGCCAUCAUUGACCUCUACAACCUGGGCCCACUAUGGCUGAUCCUCGUCACGAUCGACUUGGGCUGGGUAUUCAUGGUCGGCGGGCAAAGCGUCGUCCUCUACUCCCGGUUACAUCUCGUGUCGCGCAAUGAUCGCGUUCUCCGCUACCUCCGCUAUAUUAUCAUCAUUGAUACCAUUCUCCUUGCCACGCCGAUGUCCAUCAUUUACUUCUCCACCGCCUAUUCGAAACCGACGGUAUGGGCGAGGGCCUUCUACAUCAUGGAAGUCAUCCAGGUUAUCUGGUUCUCCGUCCAGGAAUGCGUCAUCUCCACCUUCUGGAUCGUCGAAACCGCUAAGCUGAUUAGGCUCCGCCCGGGAUACGACCGACAUCGCAACCGAACCAUGUACGAGAUCCUGGCGAUGAAUCUUGCUGUGAUUUCGAUGGAUAUUGCGCUCUUGGUGUUACAGUUUUCGGGGUAUUACUACGUCCAGGUGCCCGUCAAGGCAACCGUAUACAGUAUCAAGUUGAAGUUGGAAUUUGCCGUCUUGGGAAAGCUUGUAUAUCUCGCAACCCACCCGGUCGACUCCAUGGGACUCGAAGUAUCCCCGGUCAUGGCGCCUGUUGAUAUGGCCCCAAGUACCUCUCCGUCAAGCGGAGCUUCGAAAUUGCAGCGGUCAAUGAAAGAUUCGUUGGGAUUCUGGAAGCCCGCGCAAAAGCACAACACGGCGAGCGGAGGGCUGAUGUGAUCCUGCCGAGAGUCGGCUCAGACGUCCACUGCAUCAUCUAGCGCUUGUUCUGCCCCACCGCGUUGUUCCUUGUACAUAUGCAUGUAUUAUAUGACUAAUGACUUUCUGUACUUUAUGUUAAAAGGUCCGCUUCAGUUGCCU